UUGAGCUUUCCAGUUCCCAGAAUCAGUCAGCGCUGACGAGUCAAGAAUAACAGUGCGAGUCACAUCGCAAUUUCACUCUAAGGCGGUUUGUACAUGAUUAUCGGCGAAGCUUCGAAAAUUGGGGUGCUCCUGAGAGACGGCAAUGAAAAUGGAUUUGAAUGCCAUUAUAGAAAAAAUGGAAACUGGCGACCAGGAUGCCGCUUUGAUGGCUCUGCAGGCUUACAAUAAAGAGAAAAGCCAGUGCUUCACGUUCGGCACACAGGAACACGAGGAGAGGGAGGAUGGAAAGUUGCAAGAGCGAUUGGGCGAGCUGGUUCUGGGCUUCCUGGAGCGGGACCUGCAGCCGUCCUGCCAGCUGGCGUGCCUGGAGACCAUCCGCAUCCUGUCGCGGGACAAGCUGAGCCUGGCGCCCUUCGCCACGCGGCGGGCCGUCCUGACGCUGAGCCGGCACGCGGGCAUCGCCCCCGGCGACGAGGGCCCCGCGGCGCAGGUGCCCGACCUGGACGUGACGGUGGAGGCGCUGAAGUGCCUGUGCAACGUGGUGUUCAACAGCGCCGCGGCGCAGGAGCUGGGCGCCGAGCUGCGCCUGAUCGCCGGGCUGGCGGAGCGGCUGAAGCAGUGCGGGGAGGGCCACUGGAGCCACGAGGUGCGCUUCUUCGACCUGCGGCUCACCUUCCUGCUGACGGCGCUGCGGCUGGACGUGCGCACGCAGCUGGCCCGGGAGCUGCGCGGCGUGGGCCUGCUGGCCGACGCCCUGCACGCCACGCUCGACCUGCGCUGGCUCAACUCCUUCGAGGUCGCCCGCGACGACGGCCAGGACCCGCCCGGGCCCCUCGCCCCGCUGGGCCGCCAGGAGACCGAGCGCGCCAUGGAGAUCCUCAAGAUCCUGUUCAACGUGACCUUCGACACCAACCGCCGCAAGGUGGACGAGGAAGAGGCCGCCACAUACAGACACCUGGGGGCGAUACUGAGACACUGCCUCAUGAGCUCAGCGGAAGGGGAGGACCGCACGGAGGAGUUCCACAGCCACACAGUGAACCUGCUGGGGAACCUCCCGUUGCCGUGUCUGGACGUGCUGCUCAUUCCCAGGGUGCAGCAGGGCUCCAUAGAGUACAUGGGCGUGAACAUGGACGCAGUCAACAUGCUGCUGGAGUUCAUGGAGAGGAGACUGGACCGGGGCAACAAGGUGAAGGAGACGCUCCUGCCGUCCCUGAACCUCCUGACGGAGAGCGCCCGGAUCCACAGGGAAACCCGGAAGUUCAUGAGGACGAGGGUCCUGCCUCCUCUGAGGGACGUGAAGAACAGGCCGGAGGUUGGGAGCGCCCUGCGGAACAAGAUCGUGCGGCUGAUGACCCACAUCGACACCGACGUCAAACACUGCGCCGCGGAGUUCCUGUUUGUGCUGUGCAAGGAGAGCGUGUCUCGGUUCAUAAAGUACACGGGCUACGGGAAUGCGGCGGGGCUUCUGGCAGCGCGGGGGCUCAUGAGAGGAGGCCGGGACCCGGGCCUGUACUCCGAGGACGACGACAGCGACACGGAGGAGUACAGGGAGGCCAAACCACACAUUAACCCCGUGACGGGGCGGGUGGAGGACGAGCAGCCCAACCCCAUGGAGGGCAUGACCGAGGAGCAGAAGGAGUACGAAGCCAUGAAGCUGGUCAACAUGUUCGACAAGCUCUCCAGAGAUCACGUGAUCCAGCCGAUGAAGCUGGGGGCCGAUGGGAAGAUGACCUCGCUGGAGCCGGGCGAUUUCGAGCGUCUGGUGCGGCGGGGCCAGCGCAGCGAGCCCGACAGCGAGGAAGAGAUCGAGUGAGGGGGCUGAUGGGAAGGCAGGCCUCCGACGCCACGCCGGGACGCUGACACACGGGUUCGAGGGACAGACAGAGAGAGAGAGAGAGAGAGAGAGAGAGAGAGAGAGAGAGAGAGAGAGACCGCCACACAAAGACCUUCUGCAUCAGCUACACUGACCGGACUGAACCGGACCAAACCGGACCGGACCGGACCGAGCGCACCAGCUGGACACUGAGAACAAACUUCACUCAAACAAAAACAGGAGAACAGAUCAGAUUUAACCCGGGUUGGUGCGGAUAUGCUGCGUUUCCUUGUGAAAGCGCCGUAGAAUAUCGGGAUCGCCACCCAAAAAGAUGAACGACUAGAGAAACUGUGCCUUUGUGGUACGUUUUUAUGGUACGAAUAACAACCCCAGAUUUCGUUUUUAUGACAGGCGGAGACCGUGUUUUUGUCCAAUCACCAGCUCCUCUCCCCUUCUCACUGAUCUUUACGUUAGAGCUUCACUCCGCACACAUAACCUCCAGUAGUGUACAGUGCACAGCUAGCUUUUCCUCACGCCCGAGACGGGUUCUUCCUGUCUCUGGCUAUGUUCUGUCGCUCAGUCGGUACCUAGCAGCCUAAACAAUCGCGGGUUUCUGCAUUUGCAUGCUCACGAAAAACUAAUUUCGGUUCCAAACAGCUAGAUUUUGUACUUUUGGUGAAAUUCAACCAACACUAAUUGGCAAGUAUCCUGCGUUUUGUCUGGUUUUGAUUGAUCUAUAUAACCCAAAUGUUAUUUAUUGAUUUUAUUUUGUUUAAAGUAAAUUUUGAGAAUUAGAGUAAGCUCUGCACAGAACAGUGCGCUGUUUUGGCUGGGAGACACAGAAUUAAUGGUCGUAACCUGAAUAAAUGGUCGUAACUUUUUCCCCGCACCUGAAGUAUGAGCUCUGGCUAUGAAUCUCCGAAGCCAAUGAUUCUGCGGUCAGACAAAACCACGCCCGCCCGGGGGACUGACAGACACUGCUGACCUAUUUAUACCCAUGGACACUGCGUUGCGUAGAGGAGAGCAAGGAUUAAAAAAAAAAAAAAACAAAAAAAAAAAAACAACAGAUUUAAACAAAUAAAGUCUUCAUUUUUAAUUAUUUAUACUAUGUUACAAUGUGUAAUGUAAGAUUAUUUAAAAAAAAUGUAAAAUGUUCAUUUCAUCUACCAUUGUGCAGCCUGUUUUUUUCCCCCACUGUUCCAGUACACAAAACACCAUUACACAUCGGAUUGACUGGGCCCUGGUACAUCACCCAGGGCAUGCCACUGGACAUUACAUCAUCACUGAUACAGAAACAACAGUAACAUUCUAAGUCUGGCUUCCUGCAGUCUGGUUGGGAGAUUAAAUUAAAUUAAAUUAAAUUAAAUGCAGAAUUCA